GGCGGGGAGCCUCCGGCCUGCUCUGGGCGGCCGCUGCCCUUCGAGAAAGGCCGAGGGCCUGGCGGGUUUCUGGACUGUCGCUCACGCCCUACGCCAGGCGGAGCUUCCGGGAGGGUCGCGGAGCUCCCAGGCCCCAAGCUCCCAAGUCCUGGCAUCCCAGAAAAAUAGCUCCGGGCGUCGGAGACCGGCUCGGAGGCCUGACCUCUUCCCCAGGGGGUGUAUAUUCGCGCUCACCUGGCCGGGGACCAGGCUGCUGCUCCGGGGCUGGGGUGGCCGCCCCCGCAGGGAGAUGAGCCCCCUCGCACUCCAGGCUGUGAGUAGCCCCUGCCCAGGUGGGAGGUGAGAGCGGGGGCAGCUGUGAGCGUCUCCCCUGGCCAGUCUGCGGACACGGGAAAGGCGUCGCAGCUUUGCUGGGGGAGCUUGUGAUCCUGUAAAAUCUCAGCUUCUGGCAGGCUGGGAACUGAAUUCUAGCCCACGCCCACUUCAGGUUGGCUGGAGAGGGCCCUCCUGCUGCCGCCUCCCUCCUGGACCGCUGCUCCUCCUCCCUGGCAUGCAGACCCUGGCCUCCCCUAACCCUGGGGUGGGGGAACCCCCAUUUGGGAGGUGACUUUGUGGAGGAAGUCAGGACUGUAGCUGGUUGCUUGACUCUGAGACGUACCCCAGCCCCGCCCCGUCAGCAUCAGAUCUGCUGUCCAGGAUGGCUGCGGAUUAGCUGUGGUUAAAUGUAUUUGGUCUCAGGUCAAAAGUCUGUUUAAAAAGCAGGCAAAGGACGCUUUGGCGUGCGAGUGGAGCGAUGAAGACCGCAUCCCGGCAGCGUUCGGAACAUCACAGGGAACCUGGAUUCGAAAAGCAUCUCAAAAGCUUAUUGGUCGUUGGAAGAAUGAACCUACCCUCGAAGUCUUGCUGAUGCUGGAUUCAUAGUAGCCAUUUUUUUUAACCUGCAGAGAAGCAUUUGUAGACUUCAUCUCUUGGGCACUGCUUGGCAACCUUUCAAGGAUGUGACACCAGCAGAAUAGGACAGCAUCGCCUCUCUGCGCGUCCCUCCCCGUCUGCUAGAAUGUUUCUCAUGAACGCCCCUCCAGUGGUUGCUCUCCAGUCCAAAUGGGAGACCUUUGGACCACCGGGGAGCUUUAGGUUUCCCGGGUGCUUCUCGGAGUCGAAAGAGGGCGUUGAGAGAGCUUCCGUGAGUGCCAAAGUGCAGAUGAUCAUCAGCUCGCUGCAGCGCGACGAGGCUGCUCUGGGCAUGAACCAUGAGCGUGCGCCGCCCAGAAGCCAGAGGGCAGAGAGAUGCCAAGACGCCAGGCUGGCCGCCAGUCCCGCCAUGUGCAAAGAGCAGCCUCCCUUUGCUGCCUGUGGUCUUGCUGCUAAUUUCGACCCCAUGGGGGAGGAGGAAGCUGCAGGCUUUGGUCCCUUGGCCCUGGACUCGGACAGUGACGAUUCUGUGGACCGGGACAUCGAAGAGGCCAUCCAGGAGUAUCUGAAGGCGAAGAGUGGAGCCACACAGCCCGUGUCCUGCGGGGCCCAGCGUUUUGGGGCCACGGGUGGGGGCGGUCGAUGCAAACCAGAACCUGCUCACAGCAGCACCCCAACCACCCUGUGUGCCCCAAAACUUGCACCUGGCUCAGGCGGCUUCCCUGGCAUCCACGUGGGAGCCAGCAUGGACCAAGGCUCUGCCUCCCCUGCUAGCGUGAGCAGCGACGACUCCUUUGAACAGAGCAUCAGGGCAGAAAUAGAGCAGUUUCUGAACGAGAAAAGACAGCACGAGACCCAAAAGUGUGACGGGUCUGUGGACAAGAAACUAGAUCCCAACGGAAAUUCAGCCAAAUCACCGUUUAAAUCCGGCAAAGAGCUGGCCGUUAAGGGGGCGCUCCGGCAGGAUCCCACGGGAGCCUGUAAGGAGUUUGUCUUCCGCAAACCCCCCAGGGUAGCCAAGGCGAACGCACAGCCCAGGAGCCUCAGGUCUAAGGCCGCGGCCGGGCCGGAGAGCGUGGGCAGCACCAAGCCGGCAGCCCCCAAGGCCCCCGGUCCCUGCCGCCCUGCGGAAGCUACGCAGGGCAGAGGCGGGGUUAGGAGGAAUGUGGGCGCCGCGAGGCGGGGAAAGCGGGCGAGGAGCGCGGCCCUGGCGCCGGAGGCGUCCGACUCCAGCAGCGACGACGGCAUCGAGGCGGCCAUCCGGCUCUACCAGCUGGAGAAGACCAGGAAGGAGGCCGGCGGGGACCCGCCUCCGAGAGCCCAGCGCCGGGAGGAAAAGAGGCCCGACCCGCCCGCGGACGGCACAGGCAGCGCUGCGAAAGGUGCCUUGCCCGACACGCACAGGAGAGCACCCAGCAGGAAGAAGCCCGUGGCCGCGAAGCCUACGGACCCCUGCCCGGGGGGCCUUGACGCGGACCCUCCCUCCAAGCUACCGAAGGAAACCAAAGCUGCCCCCGCGGCGAGCACAGCUUCCAGAAGCGAGUUUGCGGAACGGCCCUCGUGCCGGGCAGACACGUCCGCCGAGCUGAUGUGCGCUGAAGCCAUCCUGGACAUCUCCAAGACGAUCCUGCCAGCCCCCGUGGAGGGUGGCGACAGGGUGCUGCCCACCAGCCCGCUCUUCUGCUCCCCCAGCGUGCCUUCCUGCCCCGGCGGCGACAGCAGCCCUGUGGACAGCGACGACAGCAUAGAGCAGGAAAUCCGGACAUUUUUGGCCCUCAAGGCGCAGUCCGGGAGCUUGCCGGCCAGGCCAGACGGUGGCCCCCAGGCUGCACAGGGCCCGCCGGAGCCUCCAGGCCCCAACAGCCAGGCUGGUGGACCCAGGGCCCUGGUCCCUAAAACACCAGACCUGUCGCCCAGCUGCAGAAGGAAACGUAGGGGCGGCGGCCACGCGGUGAGGCCAUCCACACCCAAGAAGACGAGGGAAGUGGCGAAAGAGGGUGGCCAGGAUGCUGACCACGGCACAGGGACAGCGGAGCCCGGCUAUGGGGGACAAGACCCACCCGGCCAGGGCAAAGCCGGCGAGGCCCCCGGGCGGGAGGGCGAGGCCACAGCGGCCAGUGGAGCGCCCGUGCCGCAGGGCCACCGCAACACAGCGGAGACGAGGGGUGUGGAUGAGAAGGAGAGCUCUGAGGACAAGAGCAGCUCGCUGGACAGUGACGAGGACCUCGACACAGCCAUUAAGGACUUGCUAAGGUCUAAGCGGAAGCUUAAGAAGAGGUGCAGGGACCCCAGGGCCGGGUGCAAGAAGAAGGUCAGGUUCAGCACCACCGAGACGCAGUUUUUGGAUAAGCUAGGCGGGUUCCGGAGAGACUGGAAAGACAGAGACCCACCGGUGCUGAAAAGCUGCCUCUCCAAGUCCAAGAGAGACAGCGGAGAGAGCCCCGUGAAAAAACCUGCCAGCGUCUUCGGCAGUGUGACAGAGAGAGCCAAGCCGGAGGGUGCUGGGGACCAAGAUGUGGCGCUGGCCUUCCGGUUAAGGAGGAAUGCCUCCGAGGGGACGCUGCUCCCGGGUGAUCACCAGGGCCCGGCUCCCUGCCCCAGCUCCAUGUCUGACGACAGCAGUUCCGUGGACAGCGAUGACAGCAUCGAACUGGAGAUUAGGAGGUUUUUGGCAGAAAAGGCCAAGGAGUCGGUGAGCAGUUCGGAAAUUCACGCAGAGGGCCCCAUGGCUCUCGGCACGGGGGCCCCAGCCAGGCCAGAGGGGCCGGGCAGGAAGGAGCCAGCCCCGCAGCCCGGCGUGUGCACUCGGAGCCAGAGGGCCAAGGGGGCCCCCCAGCCGGCCCAAGGACUGCGGGGCGCAGAGAGAGCCGGAGCGCAGAGUGCAGCCAGCCUCUUCAGCCCCGGCGGGAAGGGCCCUGCCGCUCCGGCCAGGUGUGACCUGGGGCCGCCCAGGGGCCCCGGUGGAAAUGUCUCUGCCAAGGGGUCUCCAGCGAGUAGGAGAAACGUCUACGUCCACAAAGACCAGAGCCCUCGCGGGGCGGAGCCUGCUGCUACCGCGGAAAGUGCUUUCGGUCAGCUGCCCGGCUGUGCCAAAGCGGGCACCGAGGCAGGAGGGGCCGGGGGUACCUUUCAUGUGGGUUACGGGAGCCGGAGCCUCCUGACUCCCAGCUCGGGAGCCGAGAGGGACACUCGACCCCAGGCUGACCUCACCCUGCCUUGGAGCGACUUCACCCACCAGAGCAGGCUGCCCAGCCCAUGGGCGCUGAACUCGGAAGGCAGAGACUCUGCGUGGAGGGGGGUCCUGGGGGGUGAGAGGGAGAAGGGGCCCGAGGGCGCCCCCAGAGGCCCCCCCAGCCUGCCCUUUGCGGGCUUCUCCCCGCUGCUGUCCACCCAGCUUUUCCACUUCGGAAAGAGCGUGCCCUGGGGGGCCAAGCCCGCCGGCCUCUUCAGCCCCCACCCGGGGCUGCCUCUGCAGGGCCCGUCCUUCUCGGCCUUCAGGGAGGCCCAGGCCGGGCCCAGCCCCGUGUUCGGGAGCCCACGCCUGCUGGGCAAGGACAGCGGGCCCUGGCCGUGCAGGAAGGCGCAGGCCGGCCUCGCUCUGCACGACAGGAGGAGCUCGGGCCCGGAGGAAAGCGUCUUAGACCUGAGGUACCGCCGAACGGGCACGCACGGCCAGGACCAGGAGGCCCUGGGCAGUGACGCCAGUGACUUCAGUGACACCUCCGUGGAGGAUGGUGGUGGCCGCUCAGUAGUGAAGGGCAAAGCUCUCAAGUUGGCGUUCCUAACUGCAGUUUUCUGCGGUCUGCUUACAAGUCUUAGAUUAGCAAAGGUUUGGUUCCUCCCGUCACAGCCGGGUUCAGAGAGACUCUGAGAGCGACAGUCGCUGGCCAGCUGGGGAGACGUCGCGCUGUCCGUCCCUGAGGUGGGUGGCGCUCACCUGCCCGAGAAUCGCUGAAACGCCCAAAGGUGCCCGCUGGGAAGCUCCCGGGACAGCACUUUUUGUACAAAGGACCCCCGCCCCCGUCCCUUGAGGCCAGAGCCUGUCUUCUGAACUCUGCAGCCACAGCCUUCGGUUGGGAAAAUGUCUCGAAGCACAACAGCCAGCCCCAGGCUGGCUGGGCCAGGGAGAGGGGUCGCUCUGCCGCCUGGCCCUGAGCUCCGGUCGGUUAAGUCUGUUCAGUCACUAGAUGAUUCUAACAUCUAAAUAAACCGCUUUUUAUAUGGGA